UUCUUUCUUGCUUGCUUUCUUUCUUUCUUUCUUUUUUUAACGCGGUUUAUGUGUGUUUGCGUGAAAACGCGGCGCGCGGAUGGUGUAGCGGUUGCCAUGGUAGCGUGUUUUCCCCCCGCUGUAGUGCUGUUGUUCCUCGGGUCCAUGUUUAUCGUGUUUGCGUGCGCGCGUGCGCGCGUGCCGUCUGCUCGAGCAUCUCAGUUCAGAGUAGACCGAGUCAUCAUGCCCGUGGCCGCCGCUCGCACGGAGCCCGCUCUGUCGCAGGUGGACGUCCUGAGUGACAGCACCAGCUCCGCCACUGCCAAUGACCUGGACCUCAUCUUCCUCAAAGGCAUCAUGGAAAGUCCCGUGAAUGCCGAGAGUCCGGAGGAACCUCGUCUCGAGGCGGUGGGGGACAAAAACAUGGAGCUGCUGCAGGACAUCCUGAGGGACCUGAGUCCGAUCACGCAUCGCAGUAACACGGCCGCCGAGCUCUCGAACAUCCUCAACCAACCACAUUUCCAGUCUCUCCUGGAGACCCACGACUCGGUGGCGUCCAAGACGUGCGAGACUCCUCCGCCGAGCCCACAGGCGUCCGUGGAGCCCAACCUGCCGCCGGUCCCCGCUGACGCCGUGCGCAUGGUGGGCAUCCGCAAAGUGUCCGGGGAACACUUGGGCGUGACGUUUCGAAUUGAGAACGGAGAGCUGGUGAUCGCGCGGAUCCUGCACGGCGGGAUGAUCGAUCAGCAGGGUCUCCUCCACGUAGGGGACAUCAUAAAGGAAGUGAACGGUCAGGACGUAGGGGAAGACCCACGCGUUCUCCAGGAGAUGCUGCAGGAGGCCAGCGGCAGCAUCGUGCUCAAAGUCCUCCCGAGCUACCAGGAGCCUCACCCUCCCCGACAGGUCUUUGUGAAGUGCCAUUUUGAUUACGACCCGGCCAACGACAACCUGAUCCCCUGUAAGGAAGCCGGACUGCAGUUCAGCAGCGGAGACGUCCUGCAGAUCGUCAACCAGGAGGACGUCAACUGGUGGCAGGCUCGACGGGUUCAGGGAGGAAGUGCCGGACUCAUCCCCAGUCAGCUGCUGGAGGAGAAGAGGAAAGCUUUUGUCAAAAGAGAUGUGGAGCUCCCACCAGCAGGCACACUGUGUAGCGGGAUCGGCGGGAAGAAGAAGAAGAAAAUGAUGUAUCUGACCACCAAGAACGCAGGUUUGUGCUCCAAACAUUUCAUCUUAGUGUCACGUCGACUGCCGACUAGAGCGUUUAAGGCCUCUGCAGAUUUCGACAUGCACGAGCUGAUGAUCUAUGAGGAAGUGGCCCGGGUUCCUCCGUUCAAGAGGAAAACGCUGGUUCUGAUCGGAGCUCAUGGAGUCGGGCGGCGCAGUCUAAAGAACAAGCUUCUGGUUUCUGAUCCUCAGCUGUUCGGAACUACGAUUCCCUACACUUCCAGGAAGCCUAAAUCAGACGAGAGGGAGAACAGGAUGUACGCGUUCACGACCAGAAGCAAAAUGGAGGCUGACAUCAAAGCAGGCCGUUACCUGGAGCACGGCGAAUACGACGGAAACCUGUACGGUACCAAGAUCGACUCCAUCCACGAGGUAGCCGAGGCAGGACGUCUCUGCAUCCUGGACGUCCACCCGCAGGCGCUGAAGAUCUUGAGGACAUCAGAGUUCCUGCCUUAUGUAGUUUUCAUCGAUGCUCCAGAGUUUGAGGUGCUGAAAUCCAUGAACAGAGCGGGCAUCGAGGCUGGAGUGGUCAGCAAAGAGCUAACGGAUGCUGAGUUGAACAGGAUACUGGACGAGAGCUGGAGGAUUAAGAGGGCGUACGGACACUACUUUGACCUGUCCGUCAUAAACGACAGCCUGGACGGGACGUACAGCAGUCUGAAGGAUGCCUUAAAGAAGCUGAGUGGGGUUCAGCAGUGGGUUCCGGUUAGCUGGGUGUUUUAGAAAACCGUCCUCAUUCAAGAACUCCAACCCCCAUGCUUUCUUUUUAUCGACUUCACACAGACGCUUAUUUAUUUAUUUAUUUAUCUAUCUAUCUAUCUAGCGAUCAGUGGUAAACCCGAGCGAGAGUGUGUUUUGUAGCUUCUCCCCGCCCUUCUCGUACAUCGCCGUACAGUUACGGCGGUCACGGCGAAACGCGGUUUCUGAGUGGCAAGCGUUUCUGCUAAAAAAAACACUCAUUUAAAAAAAAGGCUGCGUCUCAAAUCGCACAUCAAAUAACACUCCUGUUUACAUCACGUCUUUUUAACAAGAAGAGAAAUUUAACUCCACCUAGGACGAGUCUGAGUCUAAUCACCAAUAUUGUAGAUUACUAUAGCGUUAAUAAGCAUUAAUAAGCAUUAAUAAGCAUUAAUAAGCAUUAGGUGGCAGUAUGUGAUUUGAGACACGGAAGUUACGAGUAUGUAAUAUAACUGCACUAUUAUGCCAGUCAUUACUCAGUCGUUUCAGCAAACAAACAAAAAAAUCCAUCCAAGAUGGAUUGUAAACUCCGCCUCUGAAGAGCUCAACGAAGAGCACAACCUGUCCAUUUCACACUUCCUGAAACGUCCUGCUCCUCAAACACGCCCGUUCCUGAUCACGAAGACCAACUCUGCUGUCGGCGGCUGAACUUUUAGAAGCUAAACACUUCGAACAGAAGCGAAAAACGAUGUCGCUGGACGGACAAACAGCGACUUCUAGCUCGCGUGAUCAGAUUAGACAGAAGAGCGUAGGGUGGCUGAUUAGCCGACAUUUCAAAUCGGUAUAACAAACCAGCGUUGUGUCUCACGAGCGUGACGUAUGACACUUUGCCGGAUAUAAAGUUAACGCUAUUAAAUUGAGGUUUUGUCAAAAGGUAUAUUUUUGACCAGGAAGUACGUUUAUAUACGUGGCUAUUCUGCUCUACGCAGUGAGGAGUAACCGGCGCCCGGGCUCACCCGAGUUCACACGCCCAGGUGCAGAUGUGACCGUCAUAUAUAUAUAUAUAUAUAACAAGCCAAAAAUAACCAGGACCAAAUCAUUCAGGACCAAAUGUUUUACACCAGGUCUUGGUGGUGGACUCGCACGUAAAGACACGUACUGUAGUUUCGCUUACAGAAAAGUCACAUCCGUUUCACACGUGAUGACGUGAAC